CUUUCCCGGAGGCACUUCCUUCCGCCCGGGCUGCUGCCGCCUUUGGGUUUGGUGAUCUGUGCGCCGGAGACGAGAACCCGCUGGAAUAAUGGUCGGACCUCGCCUCUGCGCGGACAGGCGGGAGGCGGGGUCAGUGGCCGGGAGUGAGCAGCGAGCGGGGGAGACUUCUGAAGGGUAAUGGUAGGCGCACAGGCAUACCUCGUGUCGUUGCGCUCUGCUUUAUUGCGCCUCGCAGAUAUUGCGGGUUUUGCUUUUUUGGGUUUUUUACAACUUGAAGGUUUCUGGCAACCCCGUGAAGAGCAAGUCUACCAGCGCCAUUUUUCUAACAGCAUUUGCUCACUUUGUGUGUCACGUUUAGGUAACUCGCAAUAGUCUAAACUUUUUCAUUGUUGUUAUAUUUGUUACUGGGAUCUGUGAUCGGUGAUCUUCAAUGUUACGACUGUAAUUGUUUCGGGGCGCUGAGAACUAAACUCACAGAAGACCACGAACUUCGAGCUUAGUAGAUACAUGUUUGUGUUCUGGCUGCUCCCCAGCCAGGCUCUGCGCCAGCGGGCUCCCUCUCCUCCCGCCCGACUUCCUACUCCCUGACUUACAGCGACAUCGGAACUGGGCCAGCGGGUAAGCCGGCAAUGGCCCCUAAGUGUCCAGGCGAAAGGAAGAGUCGCACGUCUCUCACCUUAAAUCAGAAGCUGGAAAUGAUCAAGCUGAGCGAGGAAGGCCUGUCGAAGGCCGAGAUCGGCCGGAAGCUGGGGCUCCUGCGCCAAACCGUGAGCCAGGUGGUGAACGCGAAGGAGAAGUUCCUGAAGGAGCGGGAGAGCGCCACGCCGCUGAACACGCGCAUGAUCCGCAAGCGCAACAGCCUGAUCGCCGACAUGGAGAAGGUCCUCGUGGUCUGGAUGGAGGACCAGGCCAGCCACAACAUCCCCUUGAGCCAGAGCCUGAUCCAGAGCAAGGCCCUCACGCUCUUCAACUCCAUGAAGGCCGCCAGGGGGGCCGGGGCCGCGGAAGAGAAGUUCGAAGCCAGCAGAGGCUGGUUCAAGAGGUUCAAGGAGAGAAGCCGGUUCCCGAACCUACACGCUCAAGGUGGAGCCACCGGUGUCUUAGCCGACGACGAGGCGCUGCUGCUCGUGGAUGAGCAGAGGAAGUGGCUCCUUGAGAUGGAACCUACUCCCGGGGAAGACGCGGUGAAGAUUGUGGAAAUGACAACGAAGGAUUUAGAGUAUUACAUCAACUUAGUGGACAAGGCCGCGGCAGGAUUUGAGAGGAUUGACUCCAAUUUUGAAAGAAGUUCUGCAGCGGGUAAAAUGCUGUCCAACAGCAUCGCGUGCUAUAGGGAAAUCCUUCGCGAAAGGAAGAGGCAAUCCCAGCAGCAGACCGCCCUGUUCACGCAUUUUAAGAAAUGGCUCCGACCGCCCCAGACUCUAGCAGCCACCACCCUGCUCGGUCAGCAGCCAUCAACUUCCAAGCAGGACCCUCCGCCAGCAAAAAGAUUACGACUCGCUGCAGGGUCAGAUGACGAUCUGAAGAGAUUUCCUGAGUGGGGUGGAGUUUUUCAAAACCAUCUUUGUACCGUGUGGUAUUUGUUAAAAAACAUGUUUGGGAGAGUGACUCUUCCACAAGCGCUUUUUGCUGGUAUCCUUGGAAUUGCUGGAGGGAUAUAUAUUUUUCAACCAAUAUUUGAACAGUAUUCCAGAGAUCAGAAGGAAUUAAAAGAAAAGUUGAAAUUGGCAGAGGAAUCCGAAAAGAAGAAAAGUUAAUACUACAGCGAGUUGAACUGUAAUUGCUUAAAGUUCCAUUGAAAUUAUAUGUUGACUAUAAAUAGUCUCAUAAAAACUUCUGAAGUACAUUUUAAACAUAAAUAAAUCAUAGAUGAUGAUUUUUAAAACUAA